CGGUGACUUUAACUGCAGUUUGAAAAAUGUCUUUGAAAGUUCUUGUUAUCUUUGCCGCAUUGGUACUGGUCUGUGCCGCUCAAAGCUAUAAUAUUAAUCCCUAUAUACAAAAUGGGAUUCCUGAAUCGUGGCAUAUAAAUACCUCUCCAUUUAUAAAGAUCGGCGAAGGAUAUUACUAUAUAGAUACUAGAACCGCCAAGAACUGGUUCGAUGCUUUUGAAUCGUGUCGUCGACUCGGCGCCAAUCUUAUCUCUUUUGAAACCCUGAAGGAGUGGGACCUAAUCAAUCAAUAUUUGUGGAAUCACGGUUUAAAUCAUAUAUACUGGACCUCGGGGGCAGAUUUGGCGCAUCAGGGCAAACAUCACUGGUUUGCAAAUGGAGAAGCAAUAAGCCUGAAUAUUUGGUAUCCUGGGGAACCAAAUAACCAAAAUGGAAAUGAACAUUGCGAUGAAUUGGGGGACAGGCGUACUGAAUCCAAUUAUAAUGUAUUAAAUGAUAGACCCUGCAGUUACGAAAGGUAUUACAUUUGUGAAACAAACCAGCCAAAAACAGCUUCGUUUGUUAUUUGGUAAUAUUAUUUAUAA